GUAAUGACGUCAUUGUAUUGAUCAAAAAGUAGAUCGUUGCGUUCGCCAUCUUGGGGAUAUUGUAAAAGAACCAUAGAAUUGGGGAAGGAAUUUGUUUAAGUAGCCAUCAACUGACAGUUGAAUUUUCUGGAAUUGAAUUCCUUUAAUCUGUUGUGAACCCACUUGGACGGACCAACAAAUAAGGUUCGUUCCACGGGUAUUGUUCAUCUAAAUGGUUGCCAGCAGACAGAAUGUCCACUCUGUCAGGAAAUGCAUCAAAGGGGGAGAAAGGAAAGUCCAAGUUCCAGUCAUUGGAUAUAAAUAGUUUGUAUAGGGGAGAGUCUUUAGAACCACAGCAGCUGAAGCAUACAUUACUGCGCAAACAUGGCAUGCAAAGUCUUGGAAAAGUGCCGUCAGCACGUAGACCACCAGCUAACCUCCCUAGCUUGAAGUCGGAGCAUAGCGGUAACGACCCUGCCAUCAGUCUAGUCCCUAGUGGUGGAACAGGAUGGGGCAGCAAGCCAGGAGAAGGUACGGGCCAGCCGGCCACGUCAUCUCAGCCCUCACAGCCAGCAGCAUCGGCGGUUCAGACGCCGGUGUCGACAGCACAAGCACAGCAGCAGCCUACACAGAUUGCCGCACCCAGCAGUGCUCCUGUAGUGCCAGCCCCUCCGGUCCAGGCUGCCGGACCAGUGGUGGCCCCACAGACACAGUCAGCCGCACCACCUGCUCCGGGACAGGCUGGUGUGACGGACAAAUCGUGGAGCAGCAUCAUGGCGGGCCCGGGAGAGGCACUCCACCCUCCCAGCUUCCUUGCGCACCAGUCACCACAGUUCCAGCAGGAGUUCCCCAAGUUGUCAAGUGGCGAUGGGCAGGCUCCUGCUGCUGGGCCGAAAGGUGGAUCAGAUUCCCAGUACGGGCCGGGCCCCAGCUUGCGGCCGCAGACGGAGGGCAGCUGGAUUCAGGGUGGUGGGCGCAAUGCAGUUCUUCCUGCUGGGAACCCUCCUCCAGCUGCUCUGGUCCAGGGCCCGGGCCCCCUCACACCGCACCUCCCUCCAGGGAGCGAUCCUGCUGGCGCUCGGAACAGUUUGGUCCAGUGCGCUGCUCCGGGAGUGGGCAUGGUCCCGGGAGGCCCCGUUCAAAAUGCUAUGCCACCAGCUCUUGCGCACAUGCCGCACGGAGGGGCGGCUGCACAACAUCAGUUCCGGGGUCUCAUUCCUCAGUUUGUGUACAGAGGUAGUUUCCCAGGUGGGUUCCCACCAAACUUUACAGGAGCCAUGCAUGGGCCACGGCCACGCUUUCCCUACCAACCUGAUAACAACAGGUUCGCAGGUCCUCCAAGAACUACACCCAGCACUGGGGAAGAUGAAGUUGUUCCCCGGCCAAUAAUAAAGGAGGAGGAGCUCAUCAAGAUGGAUGACAUAGCUCAGGAUGCAAGCUGGGCAACUCAUGAUGACAUAGACUACAAUCAGAAGCUGGCCUUCAGUGAUGAUGAAAGUCCACAGGAUGAUAAAGAUGCUCGCUGCCCUAUAGAAGAAAAACGACCUGAGAGAGAAACUGAUUCCACGGAUAAGGACAGGGACGACCCGCGUAAAGAGGUAAAGCGGCAGGAUGGGAUAGUACCAACUCCGAGGGCACUUCUGGAUCAGCGAAACUGGGCACAGGGGCGAGCCCUGGGUGUCGACUAUAGGGCCCCCUCACAGUCCCACGGUCCCUCGCCGAUGUCCUUUCCGCUGCCGUCGGUCAGGGCCAUCCCCCACCAGGUUCAUCCGAAUGGCCCACAUGUGGUGGAGGAAGAUGAAAUAUGGCAUGAACGCAGGAGGCAGCAGAGUGAAAACAUGGCAAAUGUUGUUGAAAGAGCCAAGCAACGAAAGGAAGAGGAAGAGAAAAGGUUUGAGUCAAGUAGGGAGAGAGCAAAACAAAGAAAAGAGGAACAAGAGAAGAAAUAUGAUGAAUCAAGACAGAAGGCAGCAGAGAAGUUGCAGGAAUUGGAGCAGCGCAUGGGGUGGGACAGCAAGCCCAAGGAACACAGCGAGGAAGCACCCCCACCCCUGCCGCUGCCAGACUGGGAGAAGGGUCGCGACAAGGACAAGGAGCGAGAACGAGACAGGGACAGGGAGAGGUCCCGUACUAGCAGCGAGAGCCGCAGUGAAGACAAGCCUAGGGAACCACAGCCUAGGGAACCUCAGCCUAGGGAACCACAGCCUAGGGAACCUCAGCCUAGGGAACCUCAGCCUAGGGAACCUCAGCCUAGGGAACCUCAGCCUAGGGAACCUCAGCCUAGGGAACCUCAGCCUAGGGAACUGCAGCCUAGGGAGCCUCCUGCAGACUUCAGGCAGCCCCUACAGGUUGGGGAGCAGCCUAGCAGCUUCCUGCGCGGGGAGAGGGAUGGUCACGGGGAGCGCAGCGAGAGGGAGCGAGACCGUGACAUGAGGGGUGAGCGGCAGGGCCAGGACGUGGUAUUCUCCCGCCAGUUCCAGAGUAACCUGCCACCCCGCUUCCAGAAGCAGCAGGCCGAGCGACAUCAGCACCAGUUCCUCCAGCCGUUCGACCCUCGAUGGGGCGGCUCUUCCUCGCAUUUCCAUCCCACCCUCUCAGCAGGUGGAUUGAAGCUGGGACGCGGUGGCAGACGAGGUCUGAGUGACGAGUCUGUGAAUGCAGAGCAAGAGAAGGAACACGAGCGAGAGAGCCUUGAUGACCGGCCCCCGAGUAGAGACAAGGACAAGCGUGAAAGGCUGACACCAGACCAGCAUGAGAGAGACAGAGAGAGAGAAAGUCUUGCAUCCAGGUACCGGCAGGGAGCCAGGGACACCAGGGGAGGAUAUGACAGGAAGAUGUCCUCCUCUUCCGGCAGCUAUUUUGAGGGCGGCCCUGAAUACGGCCGCAGCUUUAGUAGAGAGUACGACCGAGAAAGAGUUAGGGAGCGUGAUCAGGAUGGUGAAUCGAGAACUGAUUCUGGUCGGCAAGGAUGGGAAUCCAGGCAGUAUGAAGAUGGCAAACAUGAUAGACAUGGCAAGGCAUCUGUGCAACAAGACCCAUUCGAUGAGAGAGAGACUGCUAAUGAUUGGCGAGAUAGCAAGGACUGGAAGAUGGGAGAUGAAAAUAAGAAAUUAGAGAGAAGAGAUUGGGAGAGAGAGAGCAGAGAGAGAGAAUCUGACCGCAGAGAGAGGGACUUUGACCGCCGGGACAGGGAGAGAGGAGAAGAACGGCCUCAGAGGCCGGACAGUUGUGCAUCCCGGGAUUCAAGCCGUGAUGACAAGUUGACCAGUGAUGACCAUAAGCCACUUCUCUCAGGUUCAUGGGCUGAAUCUGCUGUUGAAGCACACUUCAUGGACCUGAAGGAAGAAAAGCCCAAGAAGUUUGACUACUUCCGGCACAGUGGCAUGGAAGAACGUGAUAGGAGGGAAAUAGUGGGUCGUCACGCCCCUGGCCCCAUCACUCGGGAGAAACUCGAGGCUGCAGAGUUGCGAGGUGACACAAAGAGGGGUCUCACACAGCUGAAGAGAUCCAGUUCUGGACCUGGCCUUUCAUUGGACAAGAAGCAGGGGGACAAGGAUGCUCAGGUUGACAAAUUGGAAGGCAAACUGAAUGAUGCAAAAGAUGUGUGGAACAGAAGCACUUCACAGAAGACAGCAGAUAAUGUUGAUCCAGGUCAUCGUGCGGCAAAUAGUAUGGAGAACAUUGGGAAAAUUUGGAACGAAUCGCAACCAGCAGACGAUAUUGCUUCUUCGGAGGGUCAUUUGAAUUUGCUCAUUAGUGAUCAAAAAAAGGAAAGUGAGGGAACUGUAGUAAAAGAUGGUGCAAUUGAAGAUAAAGCAACUGGUGCAACUGUACCUAAAGCAGAAUCAAAUGAUGCAGAGCUGGAUACGGCUAGGACAGCAGAAGAGAAGAAAGCUAGUAACAAGGACACCGUAGAAAAUAAGAUGGAUAAAACUACCCGUCGAGGGAGCAACAGGAUGGAGUCUGGGCGUGGCAGCAGACAGAACUGGAGUAGUUAUGCAGUAUACCGUGGGGGUUACGGUCCUCAGCGAGAAAGCCGCGGGCGUAGAGGAGGACACAGGGCUGCGCGGGGCGAUAGACCACCAUCCAACAGCCACACUCGAGAUUGGGCGCACGGCAGCGACUCAGAGUUGUCCGUGGAUGAAGUGUCUGCGUCCACCGAAUCGGGCAAGGAGGACACAGGUCGCUCUGUGUCGCGAAGACACGAAAGGCGACCUCCAAGGUCACCUAAACAAGGAAACAGAAGAGGUGAUAAAGAUGAUCGUAGCAGAGAAGUCCGCCACUCUGAGAAUGAGAAAACAUUUCCCAGUCCAGAUUCUCGACGUUUUGAGAAACGUGGGGGAGGAUACGAGAGCAACCGAGGUGGAAGAGAAGGUUUUGCUCCACGUGGGGAGCCCUCUCGCAGAGGCAGGGGUGGAUUUAAGCCUAGAGGUAGUGUUGGUAGGAGGAUGGAUGGCUAUGGGCCACCAUCUUCAAAAAGCCCAUUUGGACAACCUUCUGAUGAGAACAAAGUGUUAGGGUUGAGUGAUAAAGAGGCCAAGGAUAAUCAUAAUGUAGAUAAUUUACGUGACAUUUCUAUUCAGGAUGAUAUGGGUACAGGAUUAAUGAGUAGUGACGAUAGGAUGAAGCUGAAACAGCAGCAGUUAGCAGCUGGCAUAAUUGGUGGGGCGAGACAUUCAAAAGUUUCUGGUAUGCAGGUUCCACCACGCAUGCAGCGAAAGUCGGAAAGCGAACGCAGGGACAGCAGUCGGAGCAAAAACUCUCGUGGCCGGGGCAGAGAUAGAGAUCACCCGGCAAAGCAGAAUUCUUCAGAUGCUGGGGAGGAGUGUUGGGAGACUACCUCUGAAAACAGCGAAGCAGAUGAUCGCGAUGGAAAGGCAGACAUCCGUAACGGCAGGAAGAGCUUCCCAAGACGAGAUGGGCAGGGUAGUGGUCGUCGCUCAGGUUUCGCAGUUUCCCCUCGCCCGGGGCGCGGUAACGGUGGUGGUGGUGUCGGUCAGUGCGUGACGUCCUCUCGAGCUCCAGGGGCUGAAAAGCGUUCCAACGUAUAUGGAGGCAGAAAUGGUCCAAUGUUGGGUGGUGGGCCACCCAACGGCCGUCCUCUUUCUCGAGGUGGUAGGCAGAGUCCGAAUAAAAUGGGAAUGAAAGAAUGUGCUACGUCUGUCACUAGGGUUGAUGACAUUAUUCGUGACCCUUCACUUGUGUCACAAGCAAUGGUGGAUGCUGCUAAGAAGAUACCCAGAAGUGAUAAGGAGAAAGUAAACUCUUUGGACAGCAUUGAUGUCAGUAGCUAUUCAAGGCCACCAGUCCCCAUGUCCGGGGGCGGAGGGGUGAGCAAGGCCCCGUUUGAACGGCCCCGUGUCAACAAGCUCCCCCCGCGCCUUGCUAAGCAGCGAGCGAAUGACAGACUGCAGAAGGCAGCCCAGCAGCAACAGCAGCACGGCGGCAUGCACGGCGAUGUCUCCGAUGUGAAUGCCAUUCCGCUGUUCCCAAUGAAAGAUUCGCCGCCAGUCCAGGUCCCCUCGGUAAACGCUUGGGACAAGCCCAUUUCAGCAGCCUUAAGGCCAAGUUCGCCUAACAUGAGCUCUGCUGCUGGUGUGCACCUGGCAUCUGCUCUAGGGAGUUCAACAGACGGCUGUGUGAUGGAAGUGAACGAUCAGCCUCCAUCUGGUGCCAGCAGUCAGAGAAGUACGCCGAAUGGAGAGAAGGCUGCUGUGAAACUUGCCAGAGAGAGCAUGGAGAAAGCUGUUCUUGAUGGAACCUCUCCUCCUGUUCAGACAAUAAUUUUUGAAAAUACUAAUUACAAGUCAUCUCCAGCUGACCUGGCUAUGAAAGCAAAGUUUGGAAAUCAUCUAAAAAAUCAAAGGAUUGAUAAGAGCAGAGAGCGGAAACUGAGUGAGGACGCAGAAGAAGUAGCACUGGGCUUCUCGAGCAAACCUCCAGGUACUAUGGGCGACAUCUCUAAGAGUUCCGACAGCAAAGCUGACCAGAUGCAGAUGCCACUGGGAUUCAACAAGAAUGAGGAUAGUGUGGACAUGAAGCUGGACUUCACAUUUGACUCUGACCUAUCUCUCGCAGAAGAUAAAGCAAAUAAGAAUAUGGGCCUGCCAAGAUCAAUGCACAUCACUGCAGGGCCUCAGUCCAAUAUCUCUCCCUCCACAGCCGACCUUAAUUUCAAGAUAGCUUCUGUAAAGAAGGUAUGGGAGAGUGUCCCGGCCAUGCCUACAGUCAUAGAGCACACGGAGGACGGGAACGUGUCCACAGCGUCGUCUUUCACCCCAAGUUUUGGCAAUCCAGUGGAUUCGGGCCUGGAUCCAUCCUCCUUUGUAAAGAGUGUGGAUGGCCCAGGGGAUGACAACUCGCAAGAAGUGGUAUACAGCACGGGGCCUUCUAACAGUUACGUUUCCAGCAAGGCCGACCCCACUGCCACCUCCAGCAAUGUUUGCAAGGUAAAGCCACAGCAGCAAGCUAUCAUGUCAGGGCCAUCUCCCAUUGGUCAUCCUGGUGGUGCAGCUGGAGCCCUUUCACCCCCGCCUUUCAACUCGACCGGCCAACAGGGUCACAUCAACUACCAGGCAACUCUUGGUGGAACUGCUGCUCAGUUUGGUGGUAUAUCUGCCAUCCCAUCACCGCCUACAGUAUUAUAUAAUUCAACACAACCAAUCCAGAGUGGUCUUUAUGGUGCAUACCAGAUAGAUGGAACACAGGUGCUGAGUGGCCAGGCCCGCUCACAGUUCUCCCAGUUCCCCCCGUACGGGCUGUCCCAAGGUCUGAGCCAGACAUCUGCGUUCAACCAGCAGUCCAUGUACCUACAGACCGCCCCUCACCCGCCUCCGAGUGCCGUGCACGACCUCAGCCUCUCCCAGUUUCGCUUGCAGGCUGCACAAGCGCCAUUCGGACAGUCGCAGCAACUUAGCAGCAAUCCCAACACAGUGCUCAUCUCCUCGUCUUCUAACUCACUGAUGUCGGCCAGCGUGAAGCCUUCAAGCCAGCAGAUUGGUGCCAUAGGCACUAAGGGGGCCAGUCCCUACCAGCAGAGCGCUCCUCAGCCUUCGCAGCUGUACAUACAGUACGACCCGGGUCAGGUGCUGAACGUCAACCAGAGCUUCCUGUCCAGUUCGCAGAUGGUGCAGCGACAAGGACCUGUCCAGAGCAACGUGGUACCACCCAUACCACCGUCAUCUUCAUUCUACUCUGGUUCUUCAGGUGGUCAGACAGGCUUCUUCCAGCCCACCAACUCCACCCUGCAGGCCGUGCAGCAGCAGGCGCCCACGGCACAGCAGAUGCACCAGACGGGCUCCCCGUACAGCCUCCAGGGCUACGGCAACCAGUCUGGCGCGGCCACCCCUGUUGGGCUGCAGAGCUUCGGUUCACAGUUUCUGUCAUCUCCGUUGCAGAUGGCCCAACAGUACCGGAGUUCUGGUCUUCCAGGGCCUACAUUCCUCAAGUCAGGAGGCCACAACCCUUCAGAUCACAGCAUCACUUCGAAUGGGCGUGCCCAGCUGAAAUCUCCGUCAGGCAGCCAGGAUGUGCUGUCAUCAGUUUUUUCCUCAGCACAAAUCCCGUCACCCAAGUCUCGCAACCCGAAGCAGCAGCCACAGCAGCAAAGCCCUACACAGCAGCAGCCCCCGCCCCAGGCACAGCACCACAAGUUCAAUACUUACCAGGGUGCUGCUCAGUCCCAACAGUUGGGGUUCCAGCAGAGUGUGCGCGGCCAGAUGAACAUCGGCGUGAGGGGAGUGGUCCCGGCCCAGCCGUCGCGCUACCCCGCCCCCAUCCAGAGGCCCGUGGCCUACCAGGGCCAGGGGCAAGGCCUGGCCAGCAACAGCAAUGCAGCAGCGGCCGCCGCCGCCAUGAGGCACCGGACUUCCCAUCCCCCGCCCGCCAGGCCACUGGGGAUGGGGAAGGGCGGGCAGUCGUACUACGGUGGUAACAUGAAGAUGGAUGGCAACCCAGAUGCAAAAAACGAAGGCAUCGAUGCGAAGAUGUCGAAUGGUGGCCCUGCCCAGGGAAGUAAUGGUGCAGGGUCAAACGGUAACAAGCAGUCGUCUGGGAGCAGCCAGCAGCAGUCAGCAGCAGAGGUCGGGAAGGAAGACAACUCUGCUCCGAGUGUUGAGUGAAGCAUUUUCAUUUAAGUCUGUUAGCCCAACAACUCAUUUGAAUGUGCAUAAUUGAUUAACCGUCUUUUUUUUCUUCGGUACAUUUAAAAAAAUUGCUAGUGUUUUUUCUUUCUUCUUAUUAGAAGAUUUAUUAGACGAACAAGAAGUAAAGGCUAUAGAAGGAAAAGACAGAUGGGAUCAACAUACUGGAACUGCUUCAAUUUUCUGGUACAUUUUUUGUGAGGAUAAAAGUCAUCAGUGGUUUACUUAACGAAUGUGAAAAGGAAGAUGCAACUCUCGCGUUGGUGUUUUAACAAACAUAGACUUAAUUAAAACUAUCUUCCAUAUAUAAUAUUACUAUAAGCCGUGAGUCUUGAGCCAAGCAUGUAUUUCCCUGUUAAUGAGGAUGGUGUUACGAAGGCGCUUGCGAUUUACCUAUUGAUUAUUAUUUUCAGUGUUCAAUUAAUAUUGACGAAUGCGUGGAAUGUAUGUUCAUCCAAGAGAACUGUUGAUAACAGACAUAUGGUGGCAGUAUUUCAGUUCCCCCCUGUGUUUCUUACGUGCACGGUAGUGUUUUGAGUGGGGCAACAUUGGUUGUUCAAACAUUAAUUUUUUUUUAUGCGGACAGAAAGGUGUUGAAUGGCAACGAUAAAGGCUGCUGGAUUGGUCUAUUUCUUUCCAGCUUUUUUGGACGUGAUAUAUAAUGAAUGAUGACUGUUGUGCUGGUGGUGGAAGAAAGAAGUUGGAAUAGUGGUUUGGUACCAGCCACAGUUAUAACAGGUCUACAGUGCUGCAGUGUUACAUUUCUUAUUGUAAAAGCCUUCGAAUCUUGGUACUUUGUAAGCUCAAAAAUACUAUUAUUAUUAUUAUGUAGUUAGUAGCCAUAAUAAAAGUAUUGUAAAGUCUUGGCAAUGGCAAGCGUUCUUGCCGCCACACCCUUUUUUAUUACGAAGAUAGUUAUGUUCAGGCAUGCGAUGAUUGAAAAUUACUUACUUCACCAUUUAAUAAUUUGUAUAUACAAAUAAAGCAAUGUGCAGUAUUUGCUGUGAAACUCGUAA